UACAGGGCAGUACGACGAACAUUUGAUAGUCGAGCAGCGGAGUCGGAACCACAACGUGCUGUUCUUCUAGAAGUUUCUACCGGUCCGUUACAGACCUGCCUUCAUGAACAAUACCACCCGCAGCUGGAGACGAGCCUCUUUUACCUGUUACUUUUACACAAGUUCCGCCGAGUUCUUCGGAGGCUGCUACACUGAAGCUAAAGCUAACUGUUUACAUUCAAGCGGGCUGGCUAACAGCGAGGCUAACGGCUAACGGCUGACGGAGCUGUCAGUUGAGGCUAGAGGGGAUACAGCUACGGCUGGCUGGCUAACGGCUGACUGUUAGCUGUCAGUUGAGGCCAGAGGGGAUACAGCUACGGCGGAAAAAUAUCGCGAUUUGGAUUAAAAUACACGGAACGACCACGCGUUUCCUGGACAGAAGAAAGCUAAGUGGUCACUUCCUCGCUCGCUGCCAGCGGAGAUGUUCGGGUGUCUGGUUGCCGGCCGGUUGGUGCAGACCGACGCGGUUCAGGUGUCUCCGGACAAGUUUGUGUUCAACCUGCCGGACUACGAGAGCGUGAACCACGUGGUGGUGUUCAUGCUGGGCACGGUGCCGUUCCCCGCCGGUACCGGCGGCGCCGUCUACUUCUCCUUCCCGGACCCUGCCAGCGGCGGCCCGGUGUGGCAGCUGCUCGGCUUCAUCACCAAUGAGAAGCCCAGCGCCAUCUUUAAGAUCUCCGGGCUGAGGGGAGGAGAGGGAGGCGCGCACCCCUUCGGCAUGAUGGCCGCCUCUUCUCUGUCUCCCUCCGUGGCUCAGGUGGGUGUGUCGGUGGAGGCUCUGGACCAGCUGGCCCAGCAGAUGCCCGUCUCCAGCGCUGCCGUGGCGACGGUGGACUCCUUCCUGCUGUUCACCCAGAAGAUGCUGGACAGCCUGUACAACUUCGCCGCCUCCUUCGCCGUCUCACAGGCCCAGAUGGCGCCGAACCCCUCGGAGACGUUCGUCCCGUCCGGCUGCCUCCUCAAGUGGUACGAAAACUUCCAGCGCAGGAUGAGCCAGAACCCGAACUUCUGGAAGAACUGACUCCCAAAGAAAAAAAGACUACAGACAGUUUCCACGGUGCCUACAGCAGAGGGGGAGGAGUCAAACUCAUCUUCAACUGUGUGUGUGUGUGUGUGUGUGUGUGUGUGUGUGUGUGUGUGUGUGUGUGUGUGUGUGUGUGUGUGUGUG